UUCUUCCCCCCCCCCCCUCCGCCCCCCCCCCGGGUCCCUCACCGCCCCCCGCUUCCCCGCCCCCGCCGCCGUUACCGCCUUCCCCCCCCGUUCCGCGCCCCUUGCGCGUUGCGGUGGAAGCGGGGCGGGGGGGCGGCCCGGCGGGGAAAGGUUUCCCGGUAUGGCCCCGGUCUUGCUGUGUUUGUUGGCGUUGGUGGUGGCGGCGGGGGGGUCGGUCGAAGCGCCAUCCCCCGUUUCCGAGCCCGCCGCUUGCCCCGUGUGCCUGUGGCGGCGGCACAGCAAGGAGCUGCGGCUGGAGAGCAUCAAGUCGCAGAUCCUGAGCAAGCUGCGGCUGAAGGAAGCGCCCAACAUCACCCGGGAGGUGGUGAAGCAGCUGCUGCCCAAGGCCCCGCCGCUCCAGCAGCUCCUGGACCUCCACGACUUCCAGGGGGACUCGCUGCAGCACGACGAGUACCUGGAGGAGGACGAGUACCACGCCACCACCGAGACCGUCAUCAGCAUGGCCCAGGAAACGGACCCGGUGGUGCAGAUCGAGGGCAACCCCCAUUGCUGCUUCUUCAACUUCAGCCCCAAGGUCAUGUUCACCAAGGUGGUGAAGGCCCAGCUGUGGGUGUACCUGCGCCCGGUGCAGCACACCUCCACCGUCUACCUGCAGAUCCUGCGGCUGAAGCCGGUGACGGACGAGGGCAGCCGUCACAUCCGCAUCCGCUCGCUCAAGAUCGACCUCAACUCGCGGCUGGGCCACUGGCAGAGCAUCGACUUCAAGCACGUCCUGCAGAACUGGUUCAAGCAGCCGCAGAACAACUGGGGCAUUGAGAUCAAUGCCUUUGACCCCAAUGGCAACGACCUGGCUGUCACCUCGCUGGGGCCCGGCGCCGAGGGUCUGCACCCCUUCAUGGAGCUGCGGGUGCUGGAGAACAACAAGCGCUCGCGGCGGAACCUGGGGCUGGACUGCGACGAGCACUCGACCGAGUCGCGCUGCUGCCGCUACCCCCUGACCGUCGACUUUGAGGCAUUUGGCUGGGACUGGAUCAUCGCCCCCAAGCGCUACAAAGCCAACUACUGCUCGGGGCAAUGCGAGUACAUGUUCAUGCAGAAAUACCCGCACACCCACCUGGUGCAACAGGCCAACCCGCGCGGCUCGGCCGGGCCCUGCUGCACCCCCACCAAGAUGUCCCCCAUCAACAUGCUCUACUUCAACGACAAGCAGCAGAUCAUCUACGGCAAAAUCCCCGGGAUGGUGGUUGACAGAUGUGGAUGCUCUUAAAAAAGGAGCGCCCGGCUCGGUGCGGCUCCCCCGUGCGCGCCCCCCUCCGCCAGAGACGCCUCUUUUCUGCCACUGCUUUUUAAAUUUUUUUUCCUUUUUUUUUUGAUAUACAAAGCGUAAAAUUCCUUUGGAUGUCUGGGAAAAAGAGAGAGAGAAGAAAAGCCUGUGCACCAACCCCGCGCUUCAACAUGCAUUGUGCAAUAAAGCAACCGGACGGAGAAGGGAAAGGGAGGGGGCGGCUGGGACCCCUGGUGCUGUCACCGCGGUCACCGCUGUAACCCCCCCGGCACGGCGCAGCACCGCAGCUCUUCACUGGACACCUCUCCCACCUCGGUGGUGACAGCAGGCGGCCGAGCAUCUCCCCACGCUGCUGGAGCGGGGACGGGGACGUCCCUGCCCACCCCACGGCCAAGGUGACACCCCAAGGGCGGGUGACCCCGUCGUCCCUGAGCAGCUGCCGGAGCCAGGACGGCAGACCCAGCCCGGGAGGAAACUGCCUCCCUUCUUUAAUUUAUUUAUUUAUUAACCACCCUACUGGCCGACGCUUUGCUGCGGGAUGUCCCCAAGCGCCCCUUAGUCCCCUCCUUUCGUGUCACCGGCGCCCACAGCCCCACAGUGGGGACGUCCCCCGAGCCCCCUCCAGGCACUGCCAGCAUCUCCUAGUGUCCCUGGGCACAGGGACUAGAGCUGCCACCCAUCCCCAGUGCCGCAGCAGGACGGUGACACUCCCCCCAGGGGUGGUCAUGCAGCGGAAUGUGGACAAGCUGGUGGCUUUGGGGUCACCCAGAGGCAGCACCGGCCAAAAUUGGCUCUGGCUUGGUGACAGAUUCUGCUGAGGCGGCAGAUUUGCCUCCCCCUCCAGAUGAUUUUUGCGUGGGAACGAGCUCCCGGUUUCCCAAGGGUUCAACCACCCGCCGGCUCCUCCACCAGUGACGCAACCGGGCCCCGGCGCCAGGCAGAUGCUGAUGUGGCAGCAGUGGCCAUGAUGGCCCCAGGGGGUGGCCCGGGGUGGCCCCCGCAGACCCAGCACUUAUCCCUUGGGUGCCGGACAGUUCCAGGUCCAGCGCUGGUGACACCGCGCAGCAACAGCACCAGGGCCACGUGCGGAACAACCUGGUGGCUGCCGGUGCGUCCCCACUCCCUGUAGCACUUAGGGACGGCACCAGGCGGCCAGGAACCGGGACGGUGGAGCUGGGGACACCUGGGAUGUUUAGCACUUGUCCCUGGCUCUGUGUGACCCGAAGCGCUCGCAAGGACAAGGCCACCUCGGGGUGACAUCGUGGCCACCCCGGCCACUGAAGCACUUAGGGCUGCCAGGGGUCCCUCCCACCACCAGCACUGAUGCCAUUUGCCUGGUGGCCCUGGCAAUGGUGGCCCCGCCAUGGUGGCACGGGGGUCCUGGUGUCCCCUCCCUGCUGACAGUGCCUUUUGGGGCGCCGUGGCCUCCGGCUGAUCCCAGCAAUGCCGCUGAGGGUGAUGAGGGUUUGUCUGUCCCUGGCUGCCACCGCUCCACCAUGAAAGCCACUGUGAGGAGAAGCACCGUCCCCUGGGACCCUGUGAGGUGACAACUUAGCCACUGCCCCGGAAAGAGGCCAAAACCUCUGGGAAGGGACUGGGAAGGGGACGGAUCCCACUCUGGGCUCAGGGAUCCACCUGCCCCCCCCAGAUGUCACCGUGUGCCCAAGUGCUCCCCCUGGCCUUGGACACUGUCACCUCACGGGGACCAUCUCUCCAGGGACAUUGUUCCCCCAUGGGCAUCAUCCAUGUGACACAGGGUGGGGCUUCCAGCUGCCCCCAACAUUGGGGGAGCCCCAGAGCACCCAGAGGCUCCAGCACCCAGCCCUCCGUGGCGGCUGUGACAAGCAGGUGGCACCGAGGGAGGGACAGGGCAGCACUGGAGCCAGUCAGCCCUGGGCACUGGGAACAGUGUCCCGUGCCCGGGUAGGGGGGAACAGCCCCAUCAUUGUAUUAUUAAUUAUUAUUAUUUACCCGGCCCGUCAGUCCUGUGCGUAACGUAUUUUAGGUUAUUUUUAUUAUUUUUCUGUCCGUU